UGUGCGCAGGGAGGGCGACCCUGCCGCGGGCCCGAGGCCCAGUCGGCGAGCGGCCUGCCCCGCUGCCGGGAACCCGCCUCUCCGGGCCUCCCUCCUUCCCCGUCCCGGUCCCCCUCCUCGGGGCCUUCUAUAUGGGCCACCUUCUUUCGAAGGAGUCGCGUAACCGCCCGAACCAGAAGAGGCCUCGCUGUUGCAGCUGGUGCCGCCGCCGCCGCCCUCUCCUCAGGCUGCCCCGCCGGACCCCGGCCAAGGCGCCCCCACAGCCGGCGGCGCCCCGGAGCCGGGACUGCUUCUUCCGCGGGCCCUGCAUGCUCUGCUUCAUCGUGCACAGCCCCGGCGCUCCCGCCCCCGCCGGCCCAGAGGAGGAGCCGCCGCUCUCGCCGCCGCCGCGGGACGGGGCCUACGCCGCGGCCGCCUCCCCUCAGCACCUGGCGCGGCGCUGCGCGGCCCUGGCCGCCGAGGACUGCGCCGCCGCUGCCCGCCGCUUCCUACUCUCCUCGGCCGCCGCCGCCGCGGCCGCCGCCGCCUCAGCCUCGUCGCCCGCCGCCUGCUGCAGAGAGCUGGGGCUGGCUGCGGCCGCCGCCUGGGAGCAGCAGGGCCGGAGCCUCUUCUUGGCCAGCGUGGGGCCCGUGCGCUUCCUGGGGCCGCCUGUCGCGGUGCAGCUCUUCCGGGGGCCGCCGCCGGCCGAUCCCCCCACGCCCCCUGAGAUGGUGUGCAAGCGGAAGGGGGCCGGGGUGCCCGCCUGCACCCCUUGUAAGCAGCCCCGCUGUGGCGGUGGGGGCAGCGGCGGCGGCGGGCCGGCGGGAGGGGGCGCCUCGCCUCCGCGGCCCCCCGAUGCCGGUGGCUGCCCGGGCUCGGAGCAGCCGCCACAACCUCUCUGCCCCCCGCCCUCCUCUCCCACUUCCGAAGGUGCCCCUGCCGAGGCCGGCGGGGACGCUGUGCGAGUGGGGAGCGCCGCCCCCUCGCCUGCCCAGCACGAUUGCGGCGACGCGGACUGUCAGGACCCCCAUGGAAACCCCUGCGACUGCCCUAGGGAGCCGCCCCCCGAAACCCCAGACAUCAACCAGCUGCCGCCAUCCAUCCUGCUCAAGAUAUUUUCCAAUUUAUCCCUGGAUGAACGUUGCCUUUCUGCAUCGUUGGUUUGCAAGUAUUGGCGUGACCUUUGUUUAGAUUUCCAGUUUUGGAAGCAGCUGGAUCUUAGUAGUCGUCAGCAGGUUACUGAUGAAUUAUUGGAAAAAAUUGCAUCAAGAAGUCAAAAUAUAAUUGAAAUCAACAUUUCUGAUUGUCGAAGUAUGUCUGAUACUGGUGUGUGUGUUCUAGCAUUUAAAUGUCCUGGACUUCUUAGGUACACAGCCUACAGGUGUAAACAGCUUUCUGACACUUCUAUUAUUGCGGUUGCCUCUCACUGCCCUUUACUUCAGAAAGUUCAUGUGGGCAACCAGGACAAACUAACUGAUGAAGGACUCAAACAGCUGGGCUCAAAAUGCAGAGAACUGAAAGAUAUUCAUUUCGGCCAGUGUUACAAGAUCUCAGAUGAAGGCAUGAUUGUCAUAGCUAAGGGCUGUCUGAAGUUACAAAGAAUAUACAUGCAGGAAAACAAAUUAAUAAAGAUACAUUAUCUAUGCCACUUGGGCUUUCAUCAGGUGAUCCUCUCUUCAGUUUAUGCUCCUAUCCAGGCAACCUGUUUGGUGACAGAUCAGUCAGUGAAAGCAUUUGCGGAGCACUGUCCUGAACUUCGGUAUGUGGGCUUCAUGGGCUGUUCAGUUACUUCCAAAGGAGUCAUUCACCUAACUAAGCUAAGAAACCUUUCCAGCUUGGACCUACGUCAUAUCACUGAACUGGAUAAUGAAACCGUGAUGGAAAUUGUCAAGAGGUGCAAAAAUCUCAGCUCUCUCAAUCUCUGUCUGAACUGGAUCAUAAAUGACAGGUGUGUGGAGGUCAUUGCAAAGGAAGGACAAAACCUGAAAGAGCUGUAUUUGGUGUCCUGUAAAAUCACAGAUUAUGCACUGAUAGCCAUCGGGCGGUACAGCAUGACAAUAGAGACUGUGGAUGUUGGAUGGUGUAAGGAAAUUACAGAUCAAGGAGCCACCCUGAUUGCACAGAGCAGCAAGUCUCUCAGAUAUUUGGGGCUGAUGAGAUGCGAUAAAGUCAAUGAAGUGACGGUGGAGCAGCUGGUGCAGCAGUACCCCCACAUCACCUUCAGCACCGUCCUCCAGGACUGCAAGAGGACCCUGGAGAGGGCCUACCAGAUGGGCUGGACCCCCAACAUGUCUGCCGCCUCCUCCUAACACUCCUGCCCAAGCUCCGCUCCGCUAGGAUCUAGGAUCACUCAGCAGGGCAGAGGGGAGUUGUCGAUCUGGGGUGGGUGAACUCUUCGGAAGGUUUUAACUGUCGCCUGUCUGUGUGUGUACCCGAGUGUGUAUAUUUGUGUCUCGUUUGCAUACUGCAUAGCAUAAGCGCAAUUGCUGUUUAUUCCCAGGUGAGCUGGUGUUUUUCUUAAAAGUUUAAGAUUUUAAAAGGCACAAACCUUUCCUUUUUUAAGUUCAAAGGCUUAUUUCUCAAAAAAUGUUUCUACCAUGGAAUCAAAAUACUGAGUCCAUCAUUUUGAGCUUCUAAUUCCUGCCACUUGGUGAUGCCCCGAAACGAAGGCAACUGCUUUCUUUUAUGACGAGAUAGACCCAUGCGCUUCUGCCAAUGAUAACCAGAACAUAAGCGGUGUUACACUAGUUAGAAGUGUGGAAACUGGAAAUUUUCGAAUUUUCAAGCACAUACACACACAUAGGUCCUCCACUCUCUUAUAUACGUGCACAUGUGCACGCACACACUCACCAGGGCAGUUUCUUUGUAGAUCAUUUCCUGAUGCAGAGGCCUUCCUCCAGGCCCCUGAGAGAGCGCCAUCCACUGUGGCUCUGCCUAACUCGCUGUUCCCGCGGGUGGCCAGCCUGCUGUCUGGUAGGUGACAUAGGGACUAGAGAGGAUAAAGCCUUUUGUGACAUUUUUAUAUGGAGGCAACAAUCCCCUGGCCAGCUCACAGAAGUUAAUUAUUCAUUUAUAAGUGGGUUCUGUUGAAUGUAUUAGUUGAGUUUUAUGUUAACAUUGUGUUAGCUUUUACUUCAUGGAUAGUAACUGGUUUGGAUAUAUUUUAAUGAUAUUUGGAGCUAAUCUUACCAUUGUCCACAUUUAAACCACCAAUGUAAUUAAUAGUCUGGAGUUAUUUUUUAAAAAUCUACAGAUCAUUUAAUUAUUUUUGUUAAUUUGGGUAAUUAUGAAAUUAUAUUUCUGAGAUUUGGGGGUAGUCACAUUAAUAGAACAUUGAGUGAGAUGUAAGUAGACAAUCUUUUUUUUUCCUUUGCUUUGCUUUGGGUAUUAGAACAUGUUUUUUGGUUAUAUGCAUGUUAUUUUUUGAAUAGUUCUUAUGCUACUGCAAAGAGCUAUUGCUGGUUAAUGUGUGAGUUAAGAAAAAUUAUAAAAUCCUUUCAUUAAGAUUGUUUAAACUUUUCAGAAAUAAGCAUUUCUUUGUUUAAAGAUUGACACCCUUCAGUUAAGGAAAUAUCUAUCAGUAAAUGAAUAUAUGUUUUGAUUUCACACAUCUUUAGAAUUAAUUCAUAGUAGGGACUCAGGCUCAAAUAACCUUUCCUGUGUCUAGAUUUAUAAUCAAGACAGCAGAGAGCCUUUUUAUGCUCAAGAGUGAUUAUCUUUCCCAGUAGAGCUAGAUACAAAGCCCUGACUUGUGAGUCUGCUAUUUAUUCUUCCCCGGUGUGGACAUAGCUGUGUGUUGGUCUUUAACAGGUAUACUAAGGUUUGAGUUUCACUUUCUGUAAGUCCCAAUAUUGCUAAAAUGAGACUAGCUCUGAGAAACAAAAAAUAGCUUUGCAUUAAAAUGCCCUUCACUUAUUUAUAAUGACUCCAAAAAAUGUAAACAACUGUUUCUUUUGAUUAUGUCAACAUGUUUCUGAUGUGGCUUUUUUUUUCUUUUAAUCCAAAUCAGUUAGGAAAAUCUAGUCAGUACCCGCCAAGGGUAUUUUUUUCCGUCACUAAAUGGAUUGCUAAUUUAAUUUGAAGGGAAUAAAGUUUGUGUAAGGAAAAACAGCUGUUUACUAUUAAUAAACUGUGGUUCUUCUUACACAUCAAACUGUAUUGGUUUCAUUUCCUCUCCACCGAAAAAUAUCUUAAAUCAUAAUAUUUUAACUGGUUUUUAAUCCAAUGCUAAUUUAUAAGGCCGUAUGUAUAGUAAUAGUAGCUUAAGUAAAUAAGCAAAAGUUUAGUUUUUAUAUAUGUCACACUAUAUUUUAAAUAGUUAAAGAUAAAGAAGGGAGAGCCAUCGAUGAUGUGGAUGGUGCCAUUUCAUUUCAAAGUUGUAAUAAUCUUUGGAGUGUUACAGUUUGGUUGUCAGAUGGCUUCAGAAGUGUAUAACUGAUUUUUUUAAAUGUUGCAUUGUUUGAAUCUACAGUACAGCACUAUACACAUGCUUUCGCUUGGGUUGGGAGGGUGGGUGGGAUUGCACUUAUUCUUUAAAAUGUUGACUAAUCCAGAAAGCCUGAUGCAGCAUAGCCUGGAAAACUGCUUUGGUGUAUUUGUAGAAAUCUGUAGAAAUAUCACAUUCAGCCUCAAAGCAUUAAUCUCAAAAAAAAAAAGCCAACCCGAAAAAGCAUUACCUUGAGUGAUCCUGUGAUGGUUGUUAAAUGUCUUCUCAUUAGAUGCUUUGAAAUGAGGCUUAAAAUGAUUUUUCUGGGCAAUGUAGAGUUUCUUUCUUUCUUUUUUUCUUUUUUCUUUUUUUUGGCUUAGAAUGUCAUAAAUGUAUGUGAACACAUUCAAUGCAGGGCUUUUUAUCCUCUCCAAAAUGUCAACAGUAUUUUCAGAAUAAAGACUAUGAAAUAUAUUGCUGUAGUAGAAAAUUCUGGUCCCUUGUCUUUAAUGUCUUUUUGAGUGGAUAAAGGAAAUUUAACUGGUUUGUAGUUUCUAUAUUUCUGUGAAUCUUUUGACCUUGCAGUGGGUUGCAAUAAAAGAGAAACAAAA